GCCGAGGGGAUCAGGAUCAAGCUUGACGCGAAGGCAACAGUCGCGUUUUGAAGAGCAGAGAACUCGAACCACGACCUCAAGAUGCCAUCUUCAAAACCUUGGACGCUCUGCUGCCUCAUCGUAGGGAUGAUCUUCUGCCUCGAACAAGCAGCUGGUCAGUUCCAAUGUCCGACCUCUAAGGGGUUCUACCCUGACUCGGAGCAGUGCGACUUGUACUACGCCUGCGAGAACGGAAGAGCAGAGGAAAGACUCUGCAGCGAUGGGCUCGUAUUCAAGGACGACAAUCCCAAGAGAGAGUUCUGCGAUUUACCUUCCAACGUUCCAUGUGGCGACCGCACCCUUCUGCAGGAGCCCCAGCCUUCGAAGGGCUGCCCGCGUGCCAACGGCUACUUCCGGCACGAAGAUCCGACCGCCUGUGACCAGUUCGUGAACUGCAAGGACGGCGUGGCUUCCGUGAUGCCGUGCCCAGCUGGUCUCAUCUACGACGACUCGGUAUCUUCCUGCGUCUGGCCCGCUGAAUCAACGAGGGAAUGUGCUGCUCCUAGACGUGACAUCCUCGACGAUGGAUUUGUCUGCCCGCAAUCCGACCUUCCCAACCCCCAGGGACGGGCUCUUCCUCAUCCGUUGUAUCCCCACCCCGACGAUUGCGCAAAGUUCUAUAUUUGCAAGAACGGCCUUAGGCCCCAAAAGGGACAGUGCGACGAAGGCACCGUUUACAACGAGGAUAGCUUCCAGUGCAUGGAUCCGGAAAACGUACCGGGAUGCGAGGACUAUUACAAGAAAAAGAACUGAUCGGUUACGUUGCAGAUUCAAAUAUGCAUGUAACAAUUUACUUCUACCUUUAAGAAAAAAUAAAUCACUUAUUAUUAUUAUUCUUAUAUAAUAAGA